ACAAGUACAGCUAGUGAGCUAUCGCAGUCUACAAGUACAGCUAGUGAGCUAUCGCAGUCUACAAGUACAGCUAGUGAGCUAUCGCAGUCUACAAGUACAGCUAGUGAGCUAUCGCAGUCUACAAGUACAGCUAGCGAGCUAUCGCAGUCUACAAGUACAGCUAGUGAGCUAUCGCAGUCUACAAGUACA